AUAAUAGAUAUUCUCUUUUAAAUGAUAACCUGUUUCUUGAAAAAUUUGUUAUUCGAGAUUCAAAAGGUUUUUUAACACAUUUGGAACGCGAGUUACGCCCGAUACCAAAAUUUUAUGCAUUAAUGACACCAAUAAAUAUAAAUGAUGGAACUGUUAUCACUAAAGAUGACAACACAAUUAUUGAUAUAGAAACAAGCAAUUCUUUUAUGCAAGACGAAGUUAAGAAGCCUGACCUUAACUCUCUUGACCCCGAGUCUCUUAUUGGCACUUCUUCCAAAGAAUCUUCUACGUCAUUGCCUCUGACACCGAUUAAAGCAGGUAGCUUGAGUAUGAUAUUAAAUUUUGAUAAUAGUUCACUUAAGCCGGCGCCAGCGGCUUCAAUGCCUAUUUCUUUGCCUUAA